UUCUUCCCUUCAAUAUCCCUCCCCCCAAAACCCAAACCUUACAAUUUUCUCCCCUUCAACCCCCCGUUUCUUUCUUUCCCUUAUCUUGCUUGGUGAUUUCUCUCUUUUCGUUCCUGGCGCCUGGCUCGAUCCGAUGUCUGCUCUCCUCCUUCCUUGAUCCCGCCCCCAAUGCCGACCCCGAGUAACAACCGCCCAACUUCGAUCGCCGAGGUGAUCUCCACCCGUACUUGCCCACCGGAACUGAACCGCGCCUCGGCCUGGAGAGAUUCACCGGAUUCAACCGUCUCCGCCAGCGAGGCACUUGAAGAUGCUCUCACUCCGUCCAGCGUGACGGCGCCCUCCGUACUGAGUCGUUCCGACGAUGGCAGCGCGCUCUUGGCGUCUGACCCGCUGAAAGUGGAGAGCAAGAUAGCCGGCGCGACGGACGACGAGACUACUACACGCGAGCGAUCGAGUUCACCCACAGAAUUAUGUGCUCGCAGUCGGUCAUCUGUCAUGCCACCUAACUCUUCACUAUUGCGUUAUGAAUUCUCAAAUGUUCGCCUCCUGCCAAACCAUUCUUCGUCCUAUCUCCGCUCCGGGAGCAGAUUCGUCGGAACCCAAAUGUCCGACAAACAGGUGUACAAUGUUGACGUGGAAAUCAAGCACGUGGACAUGGCCGAAUCCUAUCUUUGCGGCUAUCUUCGCAUCCAAGGCCUCACAGAAGAUCACCCUACCUUAACUACAUUCUUCGAAGGAGAGAUCAUCGGUACUAAACACACGUUCCAGACUCGUAAUGAGGAAUGGGGCGCCAACGAGAAGACGGAUAUCCACCACUGGUCCCGUUUCCCCGCUUGGAAACCACUUGCCAAACAGGCGAAGCGAACGGAUUUUACGUAUCGCAACUUUGCCCAGCGUGAGCACGUGUUCAUGAGGUGGAAGGAGUAUUUCCUCGUCCCAGACCAUCGGGUGCGAACUAUCUCUGGCGCUAGCUUCGAGGGGUUUUACUAUAUCUGCUUCAAUCAGAUUGAGGGAUCUGUCAGCGGUGUUUACUUUCAUGCGAAGAGCGAGCGAUUCCAACAGCUCGAGCUAAAGCACGUCGAAGAUCGUGGAUGUGCGCCAGCAGUUGAAUUCCGCUAAACCUCACGAAGUUUGUCUGCUGGCGUUUGAAUGAUUCAGACCCGCUAUUGCAAAUCAUUGGUUCGCCCACUCAACGCUUAUAUUGAUUCAUCCCUUAUCCUCUUUAAGGCACAGGAUGGCUCAGCGCAUUCCUCCCCGUACCUUCAUCACUACAUUCGAGCUACCAAGAAGCUUUGGCAGUUCCUCUUCCCCAGAUUGAUACUACCGCCAAGCCCUCAUUCUUCCCUCGUCCUUGCAAUACCUCCUUAUUCGACUCUUAUCCGCUCUCUCUACUUGUUGGACACCCGUGAUUUCACGGCUUCGUUGAACACGAUACUUUCCACAUGCCACAUAUACCCACUCUCACAUUGGUCACCUCCUGGCGCUAGCUUUGGUCAAACUGUAUCUCAUCUCAUGCCUCAUGAAACCCUCGAUCUCGGAAAUGGCGUUUUUCUCUUUACUCUUGUUCCUUUGGGCGAGAUGGGUUCCUCUCUUUGUUCCGAGUUUUUUUCACCUUACGACAUUUUCUAUUAACCUUAUUCGCCAUCUACAUCUAUUCCUUUCUUAUUGUUUGUUGUGAUGUAUUUAAUCACUACGCUUGGAUGGGCCGUGCAGCCCACUAGAGAAAAUCAAUACGCAGGUUUUUCUGGACUGUGCCUAU